CACACUACAAGUCACUACGCAGGUGAAUUGUACACACCAUAAGGUACAAGUAUUCCUAGGGCUUUGUCUAGACCUCAGACUGUAGUAUAGAUUGGUAAGUGGAAGUCAAUACGGAACAUCAGGAAACGCAGCUUUGUCCACCUCAUAACUAAGCAGGACUCUUCCUUCCGCCAGGAGGCUCUCACCGUCGGUGACUUAUCUUCCGUCUUUCGGACUCAUAAGUAAGCAUGCUCAUCAGAACAAGUACUUAGUAUAUAGUCCACUAUACUUAGUAUCUGUGGAACGGAAAUGCGCCCUGAAGCUUAUAAGGAUACGACCACUGGCCGUGGCCUGAAAUACCAUUACUACGCCGUCCCUGCUAAGGAACCGAAGCCCACAAUCAUCUUCUGUCAUGGAUUCCCAUCUACGUCUCAAGACUGGCGACUUAUCGUCCCUCACUUCGAGCAACAAGGAUACGGCAUCAUCGUUCCUGACAUGUUAGGCUUUGGUGGAACAGAUAAACCCACCGAUCCGUCCUUCUACAGGGCAACACUGAUAGCCAAGGAUAUUGUUGAUAUACUCAAUGCAGAAAAAAUCGACAAAGUCAUAGGCGUUGGUCAUGAUUGGGGUGCUUUCAUCCUUGCACGUUUGGCCAACGUUGCGCCAGAACGUUUCUACGCUUACGCAUUCUUUGCUGUGUCCUACACCCUUCCCGAUCCCAACUUCAACAUUCAGGAUGCCUUAAAGUUCACAAAGCAACAUUUUGGUUAUGAGCUCUUUGGGUACUGGAUGGCCCUCUCCGAAGAGGGUUCUGAAAAACUUUUAGAACAGCAUUGGGAUACAUGCUUUGGCCUGAUCUGGCCGCAUGAUCCUGAAUUGUGGAAAACCCAUAUGGCACCUCUGGGUGUCUUGAAAUCGACUCUUCUCUCAGACCAGAGGUUCCCUCUUCCUUCCUAUCUCACCGAAGAUGAUAAGAAGACCAUGUCAGAUGUGUUGCUCAAAGGUGGCAUGGCUGGUCCUGUCUGCUACUACAAAGUGCGCGUGAAUGGCCAGAGCUCUUAUGACGACAGCACCAUUCCCAAAGAUAGGUGCAUUCCACCCGCCUCUAGCCCCAUUUUCUUCGGUGCCGCUUUGAAGGAUUAUGUAUGCAUUGCCGAAGCGGGCAAACAAACGUUAACCAGUCCGGCCUUCAAAGAUCAUAAAGUCACGAUUCGAGACUUCGACGCAGAUCACUGGCUCAUUUUGUCUGUUCCCGACGAGAUCAAUCGGGAGCUCGGGGCUUGGAUUGAGAGUGUAUCUGCUACGAUCCCGAAUGCUCACUUAUAGGCAGAUGAUGUGAUCGACACAGUACCCAUGAAAGAACAACUGAAUUGUAUAGUAUGCAUGGCUCCGAAAAUUUUAUUCUGGGAUCCAUUCGUUGUCGGUGCCUCGUCCUAGCCCUGUCGUCGAGCUUUGUUGCUGUACCACAGCUUCAAUGAAGGUCUUUCGCACCU